GCACGUGUCAUUGUGUAUAGAAAAAGAGAUACUCGGUAAUUUAGCCCUACUUUCUCGCUACUGAAAUUGAAUAAGAAUACGCAUUUACAUGACUAAAUCUGGAACAAAACCGAGAGAAGAUAUUGGGAUGCUGACCUAAUUUUUGGUUGUCCUAUAUUUUAACUGGGGGUCUGAUGGUUUUCAGUCUUGUCAGAUAACUGCAUUUCCACAAUGAGGAGACAAUUUUUCAAAGUGUUUAAGAAUAUUCAAACGCGAAUUGGACACACAGCAUCGAGUAGAAUAGAAGCAAAACGCACACAGCAUACCACAUGUCUGGAAGAAGAAGAAAAACUUUCUAAGUUUGAAUCAAAGUCAAAGGAAACUUCAGUUUUGACGGAUUUGUUUGGAAGGCAUCAUAACUACCUCCGAAUUUCAAUAAGUGAACGGUGCAACCUCCGAUGCCAAUACUGCAUGCCAGAAGAAGGGGUAGAUUUAACACCUAAGGAGAGAUUACUCUCAAGCAAAGAAAUUGUACGCAUUGCAGAAUUAUUCAUGAAGCAAGGAGUCAACAAAAUUCGCUUGACAGGAGGUGAACCAUUAGUACGAAAAGAUCUUGUAGAAAUUAUUCAGGGGAUCAAUUCCUUCAAAACUGAGUUUGAUUUGCAGACAAUAGCAAUCACAACAAAUGGAGUAACUCUAGGAAAGAAAUUACCUCAACUGAAGGAAGCAGGACUCAAUCUAAUAAAUAUCAGUCUAGAUACCUUAAUCCCGGCAAAAUUUGAGUUCAUCACAAGGAGAAAGGGAUGGGAGCGAGUGAUGAACAGUAUUGAUAUUGCAUUAGAUUUGGGCUACAGUCCAGUAAAAGUGAACUGUGUUGUUAUGAGAGGAGUGAAUGAAGAGGAAAUAGUAAACUUUGUAGAUCUCACAAAAGAUAAGAAUGUUGAUAUUAGGUUCAUAGAAUACAUGCCAUUUGAUGGAAACAAAUGGAAUUUCAAGAAGAUGGUGUCUUAUGCAGAAAUGAUUGACACUAUUAAAUCAAGCUAUCCAGAUCUCCAAAGACUGACAGAUCAGACAAAUGAUACAUCCAAAGCAUACAAAGUGCCUGGCUUUGUGGGGCAGAUAGGAUUCAUUACCUCCAUGAGUGAGCAUUUUUGUGGUUCCUGCAAUAGACUCAGAGUCACAGCUGAUGGAAAUUUAAAGGUGUGCUUGUUUGGGAAUUCUGAAGUUUCCCUAAGGGAUGCAUUGCGUCAAGGGGCAGGGGAAGACGAAAUCUGGCAAGUCAUCGAAGAAGCCGUCAAACGCAAGAAGAAACAACACGCAGGGAUGUUUAACAUUUCUAAAAUGAAAAACAGACCUAUGAUUUUAAUAGGAGGUUGAAGAUGGGAAAAUCUGGAAGAGCCUUAACGUAAAUUGUGAACAUGACUGUUGCCAUGAUUACUUCUGUGAUAAACUGCUCAGCAAAUGGAUUGAUAUGUUACAUUUAAUACUGUAUAGUAUACUAUAUACUUGCAUAUAAGUUAGAUUUUUUGGUAGUUAAGUUUCUGUCCAAAUUUAUAUGCAACUUCAACUACUAUUGUUUAUUAUUUAGUGACAAAAGUCAGGAGUCCGACAUAUUCUAAAAGUUCUUUCAUGCAGGAAAGGAUCAUGUAAGGUUACCAUAAACAUGAAGUACAAGUGCUUACAGCUUUGAACAAUUUAAUAUAUUGUUCAAAAUAUAUAUUUUUAUUAUGUAUAUUUAUAUUGUUAACAUAACAAUCAAAUAUCAAUAUCAUACCCCAGAACAUACUUUGAAACAGCUGGAGGUAAAUACAAAAGAACAUUGAACUGAAAUAUGCUAUUGAUUCUGGCAAAAAAUCCUGCUGACUUAUUAAUGGGUCUGCUACCCACUAAGUGAGCUGACUUAUAUGCGAUUAUAACAGUAUUUAUUGUAUGUGUAAUAGCUGAUAACCCUUUUUUAAAAUCCAGAACUUUCUUUUAUUUGGAAAGAAAACAUCCAUCCAGCAAAAGUUUAAAGUGCUGACUAUUUUAGGAAUAUAGGCAUCCUUUCUAUAAUUAUAAUCAUUCCACAUACACUGUAGUUUUUUAUGUAAUGAAUAACCUUGUUUGACUUUCCCUCUUGUUUACUGAUAUAGGUAAAUGAUAUGUGUAAGGGAAAUAACUGAUACUUGGUGCUGUGAUCAUUUUGAGUUGAAAUUCCAGUUUUAUAUGAGUAUAUGAUUUAAUCUUAACGACAAUACAUGUUGGACUUUAGUGGUAGAGAUCUUGAGAGGAUGUAUGUCUCAAGAAGAGAGCAUUUAUUUAGUUGUUUUGGAUUUUUUUAAAAUCCCAAAUAUAUCUGUUUGAGAAUGAUACUAUUUCAUUUUCUUCAUGUACAUUGCAAUGUAUAUUCUCCAGACACUAUAUAUCAUGAAUUCUCUUAUUUGUAUGCAGUAUGUUGAAUGAUGGAUAUUUUCUCUGCAAUGACAAUAUAAUGGGACCUAGCUGUUAUAAGGUGUAAGAAACUUGUUGAGCAGAAAAGAUCAUAUUUGGAAUUACAAAUCAUACUGGACAACAUUAAAGAUGGUUAUUUAUUAUCUGUAAGCUCUCCAACUGAAAAAUGCUGAAAUAUAUACUGUAUACCCUUGUCAUACAAUUAUGACUCGAUCUAUUAUAAACUCAUCCAUGCAAGGUUUGAAAUUUCUUUUAAAAUAAUUUAUUUACAUAAUAUUAAUGGUGGCUGUA